AAACCGAACACGUCUCAGUAAAAGUCACUCGUUUUCUCAAUUCGAAUUUGAAUGGAAUCAGUCGACGUUCUUGUAAUUGGAGGAGGCCCGACCGGUCUUGGCGCCGCGAAACGUUUACACCACCUCAGCCUUCCCAACAUCGAAUGGGCGCUUGUUGAUUCCGCUGAUCGCGUUGGAGGACUGGCUACGACGGACACGACUAAGGAGGGCUUCCUGUUCGACGUCGGCGGCCAUGUAAUCUUCUCUCAUUACGCCUACUUUGACGAUGUCCUCAACGAAGCCCUUCCUCAUCCGGAAGACUGGCACGUUCAUCGUCGAAUCAGUUACGUUCGAUCGCUCGGCAAUUGGGUACCCUAUCCCUACCAAAACAACCUCGCUUUACUCCCACAGAAGGAAAAGAUCAGGUGUUUAGAGGGUAUGAUCGACGCCGUUACCCACCCUGCUCCCAACAAGCCCGUGACGUUCGACGAGUGGAUUCUCAGCACGAUGGGUGACGGCAUCGCUGAUCUCUUCAUGCGCCCGUACAACUUCAAGGUCUGGGCUGUCCCUACAACGCGAAUGCAAUGCCGCUGGCUCGGUGAACGCGUUGCUGCUCCCAAUCUCAAGAUGGUCGUCAAGAACGUAAUCGAAGACAAGUGCAGCGAGAGCUGGGGUCCUAACUCGACUUUCAGGUUUCCCGCUGUCGGUGGAACGGGUUGUAUCUGGUCCGCUGUGGGCAACACGCUUCCGCAAGAAAAGAUCAGGCUGGGUGCAAAGGUCGCCAAGGUCAACACCGACUCCCGGACAGUCACUUUGGACGAUGGAAAGGAGAUCACAUGGAAGAAGAACUUGAUUACCACUAUGCCCUUGGACUACUUGUGUUCCGUGCUCGACCCUCCCCGAUCGGACGUCGUCGACGCCGCCAAGAAUCUCUUUUACAGCACUACCCACGUCGUCGGUGUCGGUAUUCGCGGUAAGCGCCCGGACCGCAUCGGAGACAAGUGCUGGCUCUACUUCCCCGAAGACGACUGUCCAUUCUACCGCGCGACCAUAUUUUCCAACUACUCGCCGGGCAACCAGCCUGAAGCUCACGUUCGCUUGCCGACCAUCACCACUGCUGGUCAGUGGACGCACGAGACACCUACUGAGGGCAGGGGAAAGGACAAGGAGGGUCCAUACUGGAGCUUGAUGUUUGAGAUCUCCGAGUCGACCAUGAAGCCGCUCGACUCAACCACUGCUUCUAUUCUCGCGUCCACCAUUGCCGGCGCCGUCUCAACGACGCUAUUACAGCCGGAAGACGAAAUCGUCAGCGUCUAUCACCGCGCUUUCGACCAUGGCUACCCUACACCUACUCUCGAGCGUGAUGGCGCACUCGAUGUCAUUCUACCCGCUUUGAAGGAACUCGGCAUUUUAUCUAGAGGGCGUUUCGGAAGCUGGAAGUACGAGGUCGGCAACCAGGAUCACAGUUUCAUGCUCGGAGUGGAAGCCGUCGAUGCUUGUGUCUUUGGUGGUGUCGAGCUUACCUUGGGCAACCCUGACAUGAUCAACUCGAGAAUGAACGAUGAAAGAAGAUUGCCCAAUGCCAAGAAGGCCGUGAAGGAACUGGGCGGUGGAGAGGUAGACGAAGAGAAGCGUAGAGAGGUGAGGGAGAACAUGGAAAACGCGAGAAAGUAGGAUAAAAAGGAUAACAGUUAUACCCAGUUUGAAUAUCAAUACUCCAGUUGAGUCUUGGCAAG